AGGAAAGACCACAUUAGCCACUGCGGUCUUCAAUAAACUUGACCUUCAAAACUACAAAUUUUGUAGAGUCGAUAUGCAACAGGAUUGUUCAGAGACUGAUCUCAAAUUGCUGCAACACCAAAUUCUAAGAGAUCUUUUUAGCCACAAUGUUGACUUGAGGAGUUUGAAUGAAGGUCGAGAAGAACUGUCGAAAAAAUUUAAAGAACCCUCUUCUCGACCUCUCUUCAUUUUCAUUGACAACGCAUUGAAAGGAAGUGACUUUGAAAAGCUUUUCCCCAUAAAUGACCUGGCUUCCCUUCCAGCCCAGAGCAAGAUUCUUGUGACGACCAGAAAUCUGAACGAGACUCGUAUAAUUUUGUAGGCAGGAAUUGAACGCUGUUAUUAUCAGGUGCCUUUUCUUCCACCAGAAGAGGCACAAAAACUUUUGUGUGAGUUCGCUUUAGGCAGUCGCAAGGCAAGUUUUGACCCCACCAUAGAUAUUGGUCACCUCCUCGAAAUAUGCCAAGGAGUUCCACUGGUUCUAAAAUUGGGUGGAGCCAGAUUACGUGAACAUGCACAGAACGUUCCAGCUUGCAGGGAAGCAGUUGAAUAUCUCAAGACGUGGUUGGUAGCAGGAGAGGAGGGCGAAUUGAGCGAACGUAUGGUGGACUUUGUUUAUAAACGCUUGGAACCCUCUUGUAAAGAGGCAUUUCUGGAUACAGUUUUCUUCUUUUGUAAUUGGGAGCGGUGCAGAGUGGCCUAUAGUGUCGGAGAGACAGAGCUUCAAGAGCUUGAAAGGGCUGCACUUGUAAAUAUCACGGAUGAAGGCAGAGUGAAUGUUCACGAUAUAGUGCAGGCUCGAGGGAGAAAGCUGUCGUCAGAUGGGGAUAGAAUUAUCGACCAACAGUCUCUCACUGAUGUUCUGCAAAAUGAAGAGAGGAUUAAGAAAACGAAGGGGAUUGCUCUUCCUGAAGAUUUCAAGCUCGAAGCUCGUCAUCUCAACUAUGAACAGAUGUUUAAGAGUCUUGAUAACACCGGAAGAUACAGGAAUAGUAAACGGAGAAUGCAAAGGAGCCUUCGAAAAUCUAAGGUUGCUCAGCCUCAACAGUCAUAAUCACUCGCUGAUGGAGCUCAGUAAACAUCCGAGAUUAGCAGUAUUCAUUGGGGAAUUCAAAACUUUUAACUUGUCGGGGCUCGCAUCUUCAUCGAAAUAUCUUGCUUUACGAUGGGCUACAUUAGCUGAGCUUAGCACCACCUUUUCGCAACUUCAGUCUUUGCGUUUUCUAAAAUUGUGGCAUUGUGAUGGGUUUGAUAGCCUACCAGAAACCAUUGUAAACCUAUCUGCUUUAGAAAAGUUGGAUAUAAGUGAUAGGAGUUCGGUGAGCCUCCCUGACAGCUUUGGCCAACUUCGUUCUUUACGCUAUUUGACGUCAGAGUGCAUAUCUGCGUUGCCAGAAAGUUUCGGAAACCUCGCUUCUUUGGAGCUGCUAACGUUGAAUUUCUGCAGAAGACUAUCGAAUCUACCUCAAAAUUUUGGUCAGCUGAAUCGUUUGAAAUAUUUGAACAUAUAUUGUUGCGAAGGAUUACAGAGCCUCUCUGGUGAUUUUGAAUGUUUGAGUUCGCUGCUUGCAAUUAAGGCUUCAGGAUGUUCUCGACUGGAGGGAAACACAAUGGACAAGUUAGGGAAGAUGAAGGGAUUGCUGAUUGUGGAUAUAUAUAAAAGUCCCUUUUUGCAAGAGCGGUGGGAACAAGUGAAGGGGCAAUAUUCUUUAGCAGUACUGCCGUACAUAUUUACGCUUCGAAGCGGUACUGGAGUGUACCCACAUGCAGAUGUAAUGUGUAGAGCAUUUUUCCACAGUGAGUCAAAAUUCCUACAUGUUGAUGAAAAUGGGCAGUUUGGGGAGUCGUCCUGUCCAGUAGGCGGCGUAAAGCUGUCUCUCUUGUUAACGAUGUGCGAUCUGUCAGCAGCAGCAAAUAGAAGAUAUUUGGAAGCAGUGAGGAAGAGAUGGGAGGAGGUUGGAGGUGGGGAGAUGAUGAUGAUGGUGUUUGUGGAUAUGGGAGGGUCAUGCAGGGAGGAAAGCGAAAGACGUGUGAGGGGAAUCCUCCCGUAUUUACCGAGGGGCAGCACUGCCUGGAUUGCUCCUGACAACAGGGCCAGGCUACUCUUCGCCCACUCUCUUUUCAAGGCUAAUUCGCUUCCUGAAUAUGAGCCAACUGUUAUCGUCAGCAUAUCGACAAGUAUGGAUGAAGAGGGAAAGAGGAAUAUGAUGUUUCACGACUUCAUAAUUCCUGACUAUACAUCUGAUUUUGAGUACGCGCGCAUUUUCGACCAAUUAUUCUCCCCUAUUUUGCAAGCCCAUGCAUCCCUCCAAUUCCAUCCCGUAUGGGAUAAUUUCCGAGAGUUCUAAAUUCUUUGAAUUAUGAUAUAUAUUGAAAAGGAUUUCAAGUAUUAAAAUAUAA